CUGAAAGAAUAACUAGUGCUCUUAACCACUGAGCCAUCUCUCUAGCCCCCAAGACAGAACUUCUUAAUCUGACUUCCUGUGGCUUCAUAUCUGGCCUUAGUAAUGAAAAAACUUAUGAAGUAAAGAAAUUCAUAAUUGCCAUGAAGUCAUAUACUGAAUUAUUAUAGAGAUUAAUAAAUGUGGGCUGGGGAGAUCACUCAGUGGGUAAAGUGCUUAUCCCGUAGGCAGGGGGACCUCUGUUUGAAUUCUGGGAACUGAUGUAAAGGCACAUGCAGCCGCAUAUGUCUAUAAUUGUAAUCCCAGCACUCUUCUGGCGACAUGGGAGGUGGAGACGGGAAGAGCGGCUCGCAGGAUAGCUGUCCGGGAAUGUGCAGUAGCAAAAAAGAAAAAUGAGAAUUUUAAAUGUGAAGUUUGUAGCAGAGAAAUAUGUAUAAUUUCACAAGCUAUCAAAUAUAUACUUGAGAGUUGGGCAUGGUGGUACACGCCUGUCAUCUCUGCCUGGCCAGCCUGGGCUAGGGCUAACAAGACUGUCUCAAAAAACAAAUGAACAAAUAAACAAACAUAACCACAGGAAAUGUACCUGAACCAAAAGCCGACACCUGCUGGGCUAGGGCAGUGGUUCUCAAGUGAACGAAUGCAACUCCUCAGGCAAUGUCUUAGGAAUUUGUGGUUGUCACCCAGGGUUGUAUGUGCUACUGAGGUCUUGUGUGUAGAGGUCAGGAAUGCUGCUAAGCACUGUACGGAGCACAAGGUAGCCCUCCCACCACACUAGCGUAGACUAAUCCAGCUCAGUGCCGAGGUUGAGAAACGCUGUUCUAGAAUCAAAAGACUGUGACACCUGGAAUGACAUUUAAAAUUAUUCUGUCAACUAAGCAUCCCAUAAUAAUAAGUAUCCCAUAAUACAGAAAUACUAAGCAAAUCCUUCCUCCUGUGAUAACAUGUUAUGUAACUAAUAAUGUCCAUAAAGAAUCAUGCUUUAAUUGAUAUAAUAUAAGCAGUCUUCACACUGAGCAAUAGUUCUCAAAAUUUGGAUAGUGCGUGAAUCCCAUUUACUAAAGAGUGGGUCCUGAAUGCCGAUCACUGCCCAAGCAAUUCCACAGCAUCCUCUCUAGCCUCACUCCAACUCACCCAGGCCAGUUCACAAAAGUUUUGAUUUGGAUGAUGCCAUCCCUUCUCAGUCCUGAGAGGCAGGACACAGGUAGGAAGAUGAGGGCCCGGCUCCAAGGGUGAAGGGCUGGCCAGAAUCCCUUCUGUGGGAUAUUUUGGAGGAACUCGGGCAGAAGUGCUUAGGUUCUGCAUUUCUGUGUUUGUGCCUUGUGAGUUCUCUGAGGUUUAAGAGAGAAUCUGGCUGGCCGUGGUGGCGCAGGCCUUUAAUCCCAGCACUUGGGAUACAGAGGCAGGCAGAUCUCUGUGAGUUCAAGGCCAGCCUGGUCUACAUAGCGAAUUCCAGGUCAGCUGGGGCUACAGGGAGAUGCUGUCUAUGUGGACUCUGUCUGCUUCUAACCUCUGUGUGUGUGUGUGUGUGUGUGUUGGGAGAGCGGUGUGCACAUGGGGGUACUUGAGAUACAGAAGUAGCAGAUGCAGUCUAUUGAUUGAAGCUGCUUGGGGAACAGUGAAGCACCACUUGAUGCAGGCGUUCUCUUCGUUCUCCAGAGGGAACCUCAAGAAGAUUGGCCAACAGAAAUUUUGCAAACAUGGUCCCUGUAAGUUUGUAUUUCUCUCUUAUCUUUGAUGACUUUCAGAUCAGGGCUCAGUAACAUUUAGGGAUGUGGCUGUUGACUUCUCUCAGGAGGAGUGGGAAUACCUGGAUGCUACCCAGAGAGUCUUGUACAGGGACAUGAUGUUGGAGACCUACAGCCACCUCGUCACAGUGGUGGGAAGUUCCCUUUCUAAGCCAGACCUCAUCACCUUGCUAGAGCAAGAGAAAGAGCCCUGGAUGGUUGUGGAGAGAGAAACCAGCAGGCAGAACCCAGAUUCGGAGUCAGAUUAUGAAGCCAAGACAAUAUCUCCAGAAAAUCAUAUUUGUAAGAUAAAUUUACCCAAGCACAGUAUAAAGCAAAGAAGUAAAACUCCUGACCUGAAGGCCUCCAGUUUUAGUGAUGGCCUAAAGUAUGCUGUAUUCGAGGGUCUACAAGGGUGUCAAGAAGGAUAUGUGGAUCAAAAGAUUAAUAGCAAGGGAAGAAUACCUACUUACAGCUGCGAUACUCCUGUUCACAAUAUAGACAAACCAUAUGAAUGCAAGGAGUGUGGCAAGUACUUUGGUUGUAGUUCAAAUCUUAUUCAGCAUCAAAGUAUUCAUACUGGAGAGAAACCUUAUGAAUGUAAAGAAUGUGGGAAGGCCUUUAGACUUCACAAACAACUUACAAGACAUCAGAAAUCUCACAGUGGUGAGAGACCCUUUGAAUGUAAAGAGUGUGGAAAGGCCUUUCAUCUUCCCACCCUUCUCAAUCGGCAUAAGAACAUUCAUACAGGUGAAAAACCAUUUGAAUGCAAGGAGUGUGGGAAAUCCUUUAAUCGUAUCUCAAAUCUUGCUCAACAUCAGAGUAUUCAUGCUGGUGUGAAACCAUAUGAAUGCAGUGAAUGUGGGAAAACCUUCAAUCGAGGUUCAAAUCUCAUUCAACAUCAGAAAAUUCAUUCUGGUGAGAAACUUUUUGUAUGUAAGGAAUGUGGGAAGGGCUUCAAAUAUUGUGAACUUAUUGAACAUUGCCAAAUACAUGCUGGUGAAAAACUUUUUGAAAAUGAAUGUGGAAAGGCUGCCAAUCUUCUGACUCAGUUUACUCAACAUCAUACCAUUCAUACUGGUGAGAAACCAUUUGAAUGUAAGCAAUGUGGGAAAACCUUCAGUCGUGGCUCAAACCUUGUUCAACACCAGAGUAUUCAUACUGGUGAGAAACCCUAUGAAUGUAAGCAAUGUGGAAAGUUCUUUAGACUUUACAAACAACUUUCUAGGCAUCAGAAAACUCAUACUGGUGAGAAACCUUUUGAAUGCAAGCAGUGUGGGACAGCCUUCAGGCAUCAGUAUGGACUUCUUGAACAUCAGCGAAUCCAUACUGGUGUGAAGCCCUAUGAAUGCAAGGAAUGUGGGAAAUUUUUUCGUCGUGGUUCAAAUCUUAUUCAACAUCAGAGUAUUCAUACUGGGAAGAGACCCUUUGACUGUAAGGAAUGUGGGAAGGCCUUUAGACUUAAUAUACAACUUCUUCGACAUCAGAAAUUCCAUAGUGGUGAGAGGCCUUUUGAAUGUAAGGAAUGUGGAAAGGCUUUUCAUCUUCCCACCCUGCUUAAUUGCCAUAAGAAUAUCCAUACAGGUGAAAAGCUGUUUGAAUGCAAGGAAUGUGGGAAGUCCUUUAACCGAGUCUCCAACCUUGUUCAACACAGUAGUAUUCAUGCUGGUAUGAAACCAUAUGAAUGUAAUGUAUGUGGGAAAGCCUUUAGUCGUGGCUCAAACCUCAUGCAGCAUCAGAAAAUUCACUCUGGUGAGAAACCAUUUGUAUGUAAGGAAUGUGGGAAAGCAUUUAGAUGUCAUUAUCGACUUAUUGAACAUCACAGAACUCAUACUGGUGAGAAACCCUUUCAGUGUAGGGAAUGUGGAAAGGCUUUCACUCUUCUAACACAGCUUACUCGGCAUCAGAACAUUCAUGCUGGAGAGAAACCAUUUGAAUGUAAGCAGUGUGGGAAGACUUUCAGUAGUGGCUCAAACCUUGUGCAACACCAGAGUAUUCAUACUGGAGAGAAACCCUAUGAAUGUAAUCUAUGUGGGAAGGCUUUUAGGCUUCACCUGCAGCUUUCUCAACAUCAGAAAACUCACACUGGUGAGAAACCUUUUAAGUGUAAGCUGUGUAGUAUAGCUUUCAGACAUCAGUGCCAACUUACUGAACAUCAGCGUGUUCAUACUGAUGUAAAACCCUAUCAGUGCAAGGAAUGUGGGAAGGGUUUUCGUCGUGGUACAGGUCUUAGAGUUCAUCAGAGAAUCCACACUGGUGAGAAACCCUUUGAAUGUAAGGAAUGUGGGGAAGCCUUUCGACACCAUUACCAAUUUCUUGGACAUUAUAGACUUCAUACCGGCAAGAAUCCUUAUGAAUGUAAAGAAUGUGGGAAAUCCUUUACUCGUGGUGGAGACCUUAAAGUACAUCAAAGAAUUCACACUGGUGAGAAACCAUACCAAUGUAAAGAAUGUGGGAAGGCUUUUAAUCGUAAAUCAAACUUGGGUCAACAUGCUAAAAUUCAUACUGGUGAAAAGCCUUUUGAAUGUAAGGAAUGUGGAAAGGCCUUUAGCAAUAAUUCUGAACUGACUAUACACCAGAGAAUUCAUACUGGUGAAAAGCCCUAUGAAUGUAAGAAAUGUGGGAAAAGUUUUAGAUUUAGUUCAGCCUUCACUGCACAUCAGAGAAUUCAUACUGGUAUGAAACCCUAUCAAUGUAAGGAAUGUGGAAAGACCUUUAGUUGGAGCUCAGGCCUUCUUCAACAUAAAAGAAUUCAUACUGGUGAGAAACCCUAUAAGUGUAAGGAAUGUGGGAAGGCAUUUAGACUUAGUUCAGUCCUUUCUGCACAUCAAAGAAUUCAUACUGGUGUGAAACCCUAUGAAUGUAAGGAAUGUGGGAAAACUUUUAGAAUUAAUUCAGCUCUUAAAGCCCAUCAGAGAAUCCAUACAGGUCUGAAACCCUAUGAAUGUAAAGAAUGUGGGAAAGCCUUUAUUGUAAAUGGUAAGCUUACAAGACAUCUGAAAAUUCACAAGCAUUAGAAGUCCUCUGAAUAUAAGGAGUGUGGAAAGACCUUUGCAUGAAAAAAUUUACUGAACGUAGGGGAACUCAUUGGCAAGACUGACUUAAAAGAAUAUGGGAAGGGGCUGGAGAGAUGGCUCGGUGGUUAAUAGGAGUGGCUGCUCUUGCAGAGGACCUGGGUUCAGUUCCCAGCACUCACAUGGUGGUUAACAACUGUUGGUAACUCU